AUGCUGACCUGCGUUCGAUUUGUUCCUCGAUCCAAUGAGACGUACUUUGUAUCCAUCUGGAACAACCAAACUGGGUGUCACUCGAACGUUGGAUUCUACGCAGACAACAACUACCAUCAGAUAAAUCUGCAAUCGCCAGGAUGUACGACUUUCACGGGUACACCGGUGCAUGAGCUUAUGCACUCACUUGGAGCAUUUCACGAGUUCACGCGAACCGAUCGUGACAGCUUCAUCAGCAUCAACCGUUCGGCCUUACUGCCGCAGUAUCAGACCGAUGACUUCUUUGACUCUAACUUCGGAAUCACACCGCCUCAGUAUGUGUCCACCUAUUCCACGCGUUACAACUUCAACUCGGUGAUGCAUUAUUCGCGGUAUGCCGGGGCAGCUAGCUCGGUCACUCCAGUGAUGUCCCCGAAGAAGUUGUGGUUCACCGAUUUCGGGAAUAAUUAUGGAUUGACGAGCACCGAUGUCCAGUUGGUGCGGGCGAUGUACUGUCCCUUGGGAUAA